GGUACUACAAGCAUCCUUUCCCCAAGUGCUCUCCCCGGGGGAACGCAUAGCUUGAGAACAACCCCCACCACAGAAGAGAGCGAUGGCAGCGUAGCCUCAGCUUCUACCACCUCUUCUGGGGUAACACCCAGCCCUCGCUCACAGACUAGUAGUACCGUGCACGCUCCCGCCUCAACCACAGCAUCCACAAGUGCUCUUUCCCGUGAGACAAGCAGCCUUCCAACUCGACACAGCUCCCCCGCAAGCGCAACAUUCACAGUAGACCAUGUGAGUUCUGCUACAGCAUCCGCCAGUACUGCCUCGGCGGAAGCAGAACUCUCCCCAACCACGCCCAGCCCGACACGCACUGCACACACCCAUGCACCCCCACACAGCACCUCUACACAGACCACUUCGGGGGUGAGUGAGGCUACCACAGGCGUCUUUUCCCCAAGUGCUCUCCCCGGGGGAACGCAUAGCUUGAGAACAAUGCCCACCAUGGCAGAGAGCGACGGCAGCAUAGAGUCACCUUCUACCACCUCCUCGGGGGUAACAACCAACCCUCCCUCACAGGCUAGUAGUACCGUGCACGCUCCCACCUCAACCACAGCAUCCACAAGUGCUCUCUCGCGUGAGACAAGCAGCCUUCCAACACUACACAGCUCCGCCGCAGGCGCAACCAGCACAGUAGGCCAUGUGAGUUCCAGCACAGCAUCUGCCAUUACUGCCUCGGCGGAAGCUCACGUCUCCCCAACCACGCCCAGCCCGACACGCACUGCACACACCCAUGCACCCCCACACAGCACCUCUACACAGACCACUUCGGGGGUGAGUGAGGCUACCACAGGCGUCUUUUCCCCAACUGCUCUCCCCGGGGGGACCCAUAGCUUGAGAACAACGCGCACCACGGAAGUGAGCGACGGGAGCAUAGCCUCAGCUUCUCCCACCUCUUCGGGGGUACCUCCCACCCCUACCUCCCAGUCUAGUAGUACCGUGUACGCUCCCGCCUCAACCACAGCAUCCACAAGUGCUCUCUCCCGUGAGACAAGCAGCCUUCCAACACUACACAGCUCCGCCGCAGGCGCAACCAGCACAGUAGGCCAU